AUGGGGCACAUUGCUCGUUAUUGUCCUGAGAAUCAGCAUAACAUUCAGAACUCCAGGGAUACUCGAUCAAUAAUGCCAGGCCGUGUCUUUGCUAUUACUCAAGAAGAAGUAGGUGCUGCCCCUAACGCCAUCAAAGGUAUGAUAUCCCUUCAGGGACAUAAGGUUGAAGCACUCUUUGAUUCUGGUGCUACCCAUUCCUUUGUUUCUCAUAAAUAUGUCUUGCAUUCUAAUUUGCACAUCUCUGAGAUGCCUGUUAUUUUGAGUGUGUCUACUCCUGCGGGUUUGUCUGUUAGAACUACUCAAGCUUGUUUAAACCUUACAUUAGACUUUAAAGGCCGUAGAACAACAAUAGAUCUAAUUUGUUUGCCAUUACAAGGAAUGGAUGUAAUUAUUGGGAUGGAUUGGUUAUCACGUAAUAAUGCCGUGCUAGAUUGUAGAAAAAGAGUAGUUGUCUUCCCUGAAGAUGUGGUGCCUACAGAACCAUCUAGUGGGACAAUAUUCUUAUCCACCGCGCAAGUAGAUGAAUGCAUACGAAAAGGAUGUCAAGCUAUGCGGUGUUCUUCUCAAUACAAGUGGAUACCGAGGAAGGAAUCGAUCAUAUUGACGUGGUUAGGGAAUUUCCUGAAGUCUUCCCUAAGGAAAUGA